UUAAUUUUACAAUUAUGACUUUUUCUAAAAUAGGAUUACAUUAAUCUCCUAAUAUCUUUUAUAUGCUUUUUUUUAUAAUUAGUUUCACUAAUUUAUUUAUAAAAUAAAUUUUAUAUUAUUCGAAAAUUAUAAAUUAAAAACUAAUUAAGUUGGAUUCAAAGACUUAUUAUUAUUGUAUGAAUGGAAUAAAUGUGAUUAAGGCAUGCCGCGUGUUGAUUCCCGUGAAUCGCUUUUAUUUAUUUAUUUAGGACAAAAAAGGUUUUUAUUUAUAAUUAUAAGAAUCAGCCACCAAACCAAGAAAAUUAGUAUUGAAAGUUCUUUCUUUCUUUUCUCCCAUUCCCUUUUCUGCAAUUACUUUGCUUCUUUGAUACCAAACCUCGAACCCAAGCCCUGUGUUUAAACGGAGGAAAACGGAAGGAGACCCAGUUUCUGUCCAUCGAAUCCAAUCCAACCAAACAAUGAAGCGAUGGACAACAAAACGAGAGCAUCAGAUCUACUCCUCCAAGCUCUUCCAAGCUCUCUGUCGUUCUCGUCGGACCUCCUCAUCCACUUCCGCCAAGGAACUCCAUCAAACGGCCGACAGAGUUCUUGCCAUAACAGCCAAGGGAACCACGCGUUGGAGCAGAGCGAUUCUCGCCGCUCCACUCACUGCUGGUACCAAUAUGAAGAAACAUAAGAAAGCCAAGGUCACCGUCCAUACAAGGUUGAGGAAGCCGGUGGUUAACAGAGAGAAGAGAAAACUGCCGGUCGUUGAGAGGAAGUUGAGGGCUUUGAGACGUCUUGUUCCAGGUUGCCGGAAACUAUCUUGCAACAACCUUCUAGAAGAAACGAGCGAUUACAUAGCGGCUUUAGAGAUGCAAGUUCGAGCCAUGACGGCUAUCACCGAGUUUCUCUCCCGCGGUGAGGCUCAGGCGCCAACUGAUCGACUCGGCUCUAUUGGUAACAUGUGAAAAGGUGUUUAUUACAACAAAUCUAUUAUGAUUUUUAGUGGUGUAAUUUUCUUCUUUUUAUUUUGCUUUUGUCAAGCAUCAUUUAUUUAAUUGAUUAAAUCAAUUAAUUAAAUAUAUGUAACAAAAUUAUAACAAGUAUUUUUAUAUCACAUUACAAUUGAAAUUCAA